CAGAAUAUGUUUCAGUUUCAGAGGUUACAAUCCAAGUAAACGCGAUUAUUGAAUUGAUCACAACUGACUUUAUCGGGGAUGAAAAUGUACAACCUACCUUUGGAACUAUAUUGGCACAGUUUAUGAAUGAAGAAGAUAUUUUACCUGAUCAACUUCCUCGAUUUAUACAUGAAUUUGCGGUUAAAACAGUAGAAAAUCUUCAGCUUCAGUUUCCUGAUCAAGAAAUUAUGACUGCAUUUCAAAUUUUUGAUCCCAAGCAAUUACCUACUGAUCGUUGCUUAUUGGUGACCUAUGGAAAUUAUGAAAUUACCAAGAUUGGAGAAUUUUAUGGAAGAUCUAAAAUAAUUGAAG